UCGCUAUCGUUGUCCUCUCAACCUCCAUCUCCAUCUCCCCCCGCUUUGUGCACCACCUCCCGCUUCGUCUCAGACACACCAUGCCCCCAACGCGUCCCGGCACGGGCACCGGCACGCCGCCCUACCCUACAUCGCGCCCGACCUCCAGCAAGCCCGGCACGCCACUGAGCAACACGGCGAACAGCUCCCUUCUUCUCCGCAAGCAGCUGCGUGAUCUCCAGAAGAACCCCGUAGAUGGGUUCAGCGCGGGCCUUGUUGACGAUGACAACAUUCUCGAGUGGUCCAUCGUCAUUAUGGGCCCCUCCGACACACUGUACGAGGGCGCCAUCCUCAAAGCACGCCUCAUCUUCCCGCCUGAAUACCCGAUCCUCCCGCCCAAGAUGAUCUUCGACACUGAGAUGUGGCACCCGAACGUGUACAACUCGGGGAGCCGCAAGGGCGAGGUUUGCGUGUCGAUCCUCCACGCACCAGGCGAGGACGAGUGGGGGUACGAGGACGCGAGCGAGCGAUGGCUCCCGGUCCACACUGUCGAGAGUGUUCUCAUUUCUGUCAUCUCGCUCCUCUCUGCGGACGUGCCAGACCUCAACUCGCCUGCCAAUGUCGACGCGGCGAAGCAGGUUCGCGAGGACUACGAUGGUUACAAGAAGAAGGUCAAGCGCCUUGUGCGCCGCUCGGCGGAGGAGGCCUACGACUAGGCAGCCAGAGGGCAGGGGAAGCAGUGACCUUUCCGCGGGCACUGCGGCACAUGCACGCACGGGGCUCCGUGCCACUUACAGCAAGGGCAGUUAAUGUACAACAUGAUGUUGCUCUGGGCGAGGCGAAAGAGAAACGCAGGGGGCGCAUCGAUUCGACACAGGCAAAAACGUGUGCCGGUUGUACAUUGACUGCUGAUACA